CCAUAGAUUUUUUUUAAUUGACAGUGGGGCUACUCAUUCAGUGGUCACCACUUGUAAAGGACUUCUAAGUAAAGUAACUAUACCUAUUGUUGGGGCAACGGGAAAAAGAAUGUUAAGGCCAUUUUUACAACCAAUGGAAUGCACAACUGGGGGAGCUAAAUUAAUUCAUGAGUUUCUAUACAUGCCAGAAUGCCCCCUACCUUUACUGGGACGAGAUUUAUUAUGCAAACUAAAUGCACAAGUAACCUUUUCUAAGAAUGCUGUACAGCUCCAUAUCCCACCUGAAACCGCCUGGAGAGCUCAGAUCUGCUUGCUGACAGAUGAAACACCGGAAGAAAUUGAAGAGAAUAUUCCAGAUGCUGUAUUAAAUGCAGUAAUUCCCCUGGUAUGGGCUUCAAAAAAAAACCCAGGUAAAGCAAAAAAUGUGAGUCCGAUUAAAGUAGAACUAAAAGAGGGGGCAAAACCAGUAAGGGUGCAUCAAUAUCCUAUUAGGCUGGAAGCUCGCAAGGGCCUCGAAGCCCUGAUAAAUACCUUUAUUCAAUAUGGACUGCUCAGAGAAUGUCAAUCUGAAUACAAUACACCGAUUUUACCGGUGAGAAAGCCUCACUCCCAGGAUUACCAAUUAGUGCAGGACUUGAGGGCUAUAAGUUGGAUAACCAAAGACAUACAUCCUACAGUGUCUAACCCUUAUACUUUGUUAGCAUCUGUACCCAAAAACAAUGCCUAUUUUACAGUGUUGGACCUAAAAGAUGUCGCCUUCUGCAUUCCAGUGGAUGAACAGAGUCAAACACUCUUCGCUUUUUGAAUGGGAGAAUCCGACUACUGGAAGGAAAGGACAACUGUGUUGGACUGUUCUUCCCCAGGGAUUUAAAAAUAGUCCCACUUUGUUCGGUGAAGUACUGGCCAAAGAAUUAGAACAAUGGCAAACUAAUAAUGAUAAUGUUACUCUCUUACAGUAUGUGGACGAUAUCUUAAUUGGAGCAGAUACAGAACAGACUUGUACAGAAGCCACAGUAAGCCUGCUAAACUUUCUGGGAAUAGCCAGAUUCUGCUGGAUAUGGAUCCCCAAUUUCGGACUUACAACCAAGCCCUUAUACGCAGACACAAAGGGCCUUGUGGGGAGUUGUUAGAAGGGACUCCAGAGUGUCGGAGUAGUUUUGAUGAAACUAAAAAAAACGAUGGAAGCUCUCCUCAAGAAACUACAUGAAGAAACUCACAUGGGAGCUGAUGCUAUGAUAAGCAGUGUUAAGAGAUAUGCUGUAGGGCCAAAAAUGCAGACAAAUGCAGAUAUAAUAGCAAAGAGAUGAAACUUGUGUAAAUGAUCCCAAAAUACAAAGAAAGCCGCCAGCAGGUGACGUAAAAAGAGGAAUAACCCCUAGGGAAUACUGGCAAAUAGAUUUCUCUGAAUUACCAAAAUGUGGACAACAUAAGUAUCUACUUGUUCUAGUGGAUAUGUUUUCCGGACGGCCUGAGACUUUCCCUUGUCGCAACAAUGGGGCUAGGGAAGUAAUUAGGAUAUUACUAAAGGAAAUAACCCCCCAGAUAGCUAGAGUUGGACCAUAUGUCGUUAAAAGGGUUGGACAACAACGACUUUUGUUUAAUCCAUCAUGGUCCCUCAAACGGGUAGAACUAUCAAUGCAGAUUAAUAUCUCUGCAGUUAAACCAGCCUGUUCACCAUUCGUAAGUGCGUCCUAUACAGGAUGGUUAGCAUGGUUACAUGGGCAGUCUCUUACCCUUCCAAAUCGAGUAAAAAGAAAUGUAACUGAUAUCCUAGGGACAGGAUUGGGAGUCUUAAACAGCAUAGAUGCUGAAGUACUUGCAAACAAACUCAGUACAGCCACACAUGAUCUAAAAAAACUAGAACAUCCAUUGCAAUCCUCCCUGUCAGCUUUAGGAACUCAUCAAUGGCUGUUGUCUGAUAUAUUGCCUCAAUGGGAAAGGGUUAAUGAAAAGGACCACCAAUUAAUCAUAGAUGUACUUGGUAUAGCCCAAAAUAAUAUUUCGCUAGCUCUUAGUUGCAUCCAAGCUCAACUGUGGGUGCAAUAUACAAUAGCAGCAAUUGUAAGAGAAGGUGAAGAUGGCACCUUACCUACUGAAAUUCGGAAAAUAAUCUGGGAAAAGGCAACUGCAUUUGAAAGAGAAUUCCAAUCAUGGUGGUAUCUGGGCAAUUUCACUCACAAUCCUAUCGAUAACAAAGCCACGGCCUUUGUUGUAACCAUACAGAAUGCAUCGGUAAAAACCAUCUACCCGAUCGUUGCGUUAGGCUUAAAUCACAAUGGGACUGUACUUUAUCCACUAGAGCAUAGAGUAUGGGCACAACGAGACAAUAACAAAUGGCAGACUGUUGAAGUUGAUGCAUGUAUGGUACGGGAACAACAGGGAUUUAUUUGCGAAAGUAAUACCAUCAAAGCUCAAGACAUUUGUCUUGACACUGAGCAAAAUGUUUGUCACUUCGAGAUACAUCCAAAAGAAAUCCCUGGAACUGUACUCAUAUACAUUGGGAAAGGAUGUGUGUGUAUAAGAACUCUAUGUAAUUUUAUAGUCGUAGAUAAUAUUACUGUUGGGAUAAAUAAUCACUCAAAUACUUGCAUUUGUAACUUUACUAACAUUAUAGGAUGUGAUUUCAACUAUUCAGCUCCGGUUACGACUUAUCAGCUAAUACAAUCCAAUUAUACUUUAGUUAAGGAUCUAUUGCUUACUCCCAUUGGGAUGGAUCUCACACUGGUGAAAAAAAAUUUUUACAACAUAAUGAUCUACGCCAGUUGCUGGAACGUGCCCGAGAAGAGGGACAAAGGACUUUAAUCACCGUUCACCAUGACACAGAAGAGAUACAUCGUGUUUUGGACCGGGUGAAGAAAGAUGGAGAACAUAGGUGGUGGGAAGCCUUCCUUGGAUGGUCACCCAAGACAACAGGCAUUCUUAAUCUCAUGCUACACCCUGUUGUGAUCUUGUUAUUGCUAACAUGUUUAUGUUUACUGCUUAUAAUCAUACUGUAUUUUAAGGUUUGGCACAUGAUGAAGCAAAUUGCUCUAAUGCAAUCACCCAGGGUAUGCACGCUCACGACAGAGGGAGAUAAAUCCCUCAAACUUGAAAACUUCCCUAUAAAGGACAGGAAAAAAUUCCAGCAAGACAUAUGUCAAUGGGAAGGAACCUAUGAGCAGUUUUGGAAAUUUUUGAAAUCUCCCAGAGACUGAAGUUUUAGAAUGAAAAGAUCUAAGUGACACUUAUUUUAAAUAAGAACUAUUUAUCUAAGUCUCAAAGGGGGGAAUUGUUGGAGAUAUGCGAGAAACAAAAACAAAGGAUGCUAUUUAGUUAACGAGGCAUGGCCUUGAGAAGAGAAACAAGAUGACACCAUAAGUCAGUGGGUAAAGACAUACCAAGAUAAGCACAGGGGCAACCAAAGAGCUACUUGAACUGUGAGUGAACUAUCCUAAUUAACAUACUAGAAAA